AUGCGCAAUCUAAAGAACGUGCGCCUGGCGGAGAUCCAGCUCCAAACCAAGCUCUCAUUGACUGCAACAGCUUGGGAUACCUCCUCGCAUUCCAUCGUCUGUGCGUUCGGACCAGAAGAAGGGAAUCAAGUCAUUGAAUUGCGGAGGAAACGCCAUGAUGCCCGCUACACAUCUCCCGCCAGUCUGGAGGACUUUGAGACCAUCGCAUCGUGGGACGCUCCAUGUCCUCUCCCUGACUUGCCCUGUGAUAGUGUGCUGUCACUGCAGUAUUUUGCAGACAAUCUGACUGCAGUUCUCGUUUUGCAAGGAGGAGACAUCAUUAUAGUUCGAGAGGAUCCUCAGCCUGGGGAGGACAAGAUUGAGAUUCUGGGCUCGGUUGAUGUCGGUAUCACUGCGGCAGCCUGGUCUCCCGAUGAGGAGCUUUUGGCAAUAACCACGAGAGCAAACACGCUUCUUUACAUGACCCGCGAGUUUGAGAAUGUUGCAGAGAUUACUUUCACCCCAGAUGAUCUCAAGCUUUCACGGCAUGUCUCUGUUGGAUGGGGAAAGAAGGAAACUCAAUUCCAGGGCAAGCGAGCAAAAGCGUUGCGAGAUCCCACAAUGCCUGAAAAAGUCGACGAAGGCAAGUUCAGCAGUUACGAUGAUUCUCGGACUUCAAUUACGUGGCGAGGUGAUGGCGCCUUUGUUGCCGUGAACAGCGUCGAGACCGGUAUCCGCCGCGUUAUCAGAGUAUACUCGAGAGAAGGUGCUCUUGACAGUGUUAGUGAACCGGUCGAUGGCUUGGAAGGAGCUUUAAGCUGGAGGCCGGCGGGCAAUAUUAUCGCCGGUAUUCAGCGUCUGGAUGAUCGUAUUGACGUGGUCUUCUUUGAGCGCAACGGACUGCGUCACGGCCAGUUCACGUUGAGAUUAUCAGAUAAAGAGCGAGGGAGCUGGGGCUCGGAUAUCUAUCUAAACUGGAACAUUGACUCUACCGUCUUGGCUGUGCAGUUCAAGGAUCGUAUCCAGUUAUGGACAAUGGGCAACUACCAUUACUACCUCAAGCAAGAGAUCCCACUUGUUAGCGAGGGAAAGAAUUUGUUCCGCUGGCAUCAAGAAAAGACCCUCAGAUUUAUUGCCGCUUCUUCCAAUGUCUUGAUGGACAGUGAUUGGGUUUUUGAUGUCUCACAUGGCUCGACAACCAGUCCAGAUGAUUAUGGGGCAGUCGGGGUCAUCGAUGGAAGAACUCUGAAACUGACUCCAUUGAGACUCUCUGGAGUCCCACCCCCAAUGGCUCACUGUGAAAUCAGCGUCGAUUCGAAUAUAGUGGACAUUGCAUUCAGUCGAACGGGAAGCAGAAUCGCAGUACUCACCACAGAUAAUUUCUCUAUUUUCGAGUGGUCCUUGAAAAGUAAACCAGUGCCAUCGCCGCUGUUGGAAUCCAGCUAUCCUCUUCCGCAGAACUUGAACUCUCGGCCAAGGCAAAUUGCCUUCCUUGGUGACAGUGAAGUUUUUGUUCUCAUUCAUCAUGAUCCUUUUGACCGUCGAAUUGAGAGAACAAGAUUAGACACCCGUGAGACCAUAAUUUCAUAUACUGCUAGUGCAGAGGAAGACAUUAAAAGUAUAUUCACGAGUAUUAAGCAUGACAAGCUUUGGAUCUCGAAAUCCUCUGAGACAACAAUGGGCACAACAUACUUGGAAGGAGUUCUGUCGCCAGAAAAACCUGAGGCUUCUCCUUUCGAGCAAGCUCCAUUGGUGGAUACUCAUUGGGCGGCGAGCACCAGCAUAUCGGACAAUCAGGAGCAGAAUAUCUUGAUUUCAUUGACUCGAACAGGCGCUUUGUACGCCAAUCGACGUUUGUUGGCAAAGAAUUGUACUUCUUUCACGAUCACACCUGCUCAUAUUAUAUUCACCACUACUCAACAUCUUCUAAAAUUUGUUCAUAUUACGAAUGUGGAAGAUAUGGAGGUCCCCGCUGAUACACCGGAAACCGAUGAGAGAUGUAGAAGCAUUGAACGUGGCGGAAGGAUAGUAACAGUGACACCGUCGAACUUCGCUGUGACACUGCAGAUGCCUCGAGGGAAUUUGGAAACCAUAUACCCGCGGGCAUUAGUUUUGGCUGGAAUCCGAAGCUUUAUUGAUGCAAAAGACUAUCGCUCAGCGUACCUUGCGUGCCGUUCCCAGAUGGUCGAUAUGAAUAUUCUACAUGAUUACGCCCCGCUGCAAUUCAUGGAGAACGUCCCACUCUUCAUUACACAGGUCAAGAGAGUUGAUUAUAUUGACGAAUUCCUGUCGCGGUUGAGCGAAGAUGAUGUUUCCAAGACUUUGUAUAAUGAUACACUGAAAUUAUCAAAAGCUGAAGCCGAAGCUAUGGGCCAGGCAGGUGUUGAUGCAGGUGUCAGGAAACCACCGAGUAUCUCCAAAGGCGGCAAGAUAAAUGGCAUUUGUGAUGCAUUCUUAGCAGCAUUGAAGAACAAACUUGACACGAACUUGCAGAAUUUGGUCACAGCUCACGUAUGCAAGUCUUCUCCAGAUCUUGAUGCUGGAUUACAGCUGGUAGCAAAUUUGAGAGUGCGAAAUUCGGGACAAGCCGAAGAAGCUAUUGAGCAUAUGUGUUUCUUGACCGAUGCCCGUCAUCUCUACAAGAAUGCUCUUGGGCUAUAUGAUCUUGAGCUCACUCUUCUCGUCGCCCAGCAGGCCCAAAUGGAUCCGCGCGAAUACCUCCCCUUCCUACGAAAGCUCCAGACUCUACCGGAUCUUCGCCGGCAAUUCGAAAUCGACAACUACUUAGGUCGAUCGGCCAAAGCCCUCAAGCAUCUUCAUGCUUUAGAAGCCUAUGAGGAGCUGAAGCAGUACGCUAUAAAGCACAGCCUUUAUCUGGAAGCCCUAGAACUCUAUAAGUACCAAACGGAUAAUCUGAGGGAAAUGACUCAUUUAUAUGCCGACUACUUAUACGAACAGAGUAAUUACAAGGAGGCUGCAAUUGCUUACGAGUCGCUUGGCAUCUAUGAAGAAGCAUAUAAAUCUUACCAAAUCGCUCACCAGUGGCGCGAAUCCUUAUUCUGCGCUCUCAUGGUACCUUUACCGGAGACCGAGCUGCAAAGCCACGCCAUCGAACUAGCUACAACCUUGGUAGAGGAGAACAAGGAUUAUGUAGCAGCGGCGCAAAUACAGGCAGAUCACCUGAAAGACUAUCGCGCAGCAGCGCGACUGUUUUGCCGCGGCUCUCGUUUCGCAGACGCCACACGGGUCCUAGCCAUAAACGGCCUUCAAGAUGCCAUCCCCGACAUCGUUGAUAGCGGACUAGGAGAAGCAAUGGGAUCGACAACAGAUUUCUUAGCCGAUUGCAAAUCCCAAUUGAACGCACAAGUGCCUCGAAUCCGGGAGCUGCGCGAAAAACGUCUUGCAGAUCCCCUGGCAUUCUUCGGCGGCGAUCCAUCCAUGGACGCAGGUGCAGGCGCUGACAUUCCAGAUAACGUCUCCCUCGCACCCACAGACGCCUCGACAGCCGCCGGUAAAACCUUGUUCACAAGAUACACAGGCGGAACGGCAAUGACGAGACGAACGUCGAAAACUCGACGUCGCGAAGAACGUAAGCGAGCCGCUGGACGUAAGGGCACGGUUUACGAGGAGGAAUAUCUGGUGAACAGUGUGCGGCGUCUUAUUGAGCGGGUCAAUAGCACGUUUGACGAAGCCAAUUCGUUAAUAGAAGGGCUUUUACGUCGUGGGAUGAGGGAACGUGCGGUUGCGGUCGAGAAGGCUCUUCAGGAAGUGUUAGACAUGUGCUCUUCGUCUUUGCAUGAAGUGUUUGAGCAAGAGGAAGAACAGCAGCAACAGCAACAAGAAGAUGAAAAUAACGCUGCGGAAGGGCAAAAGGCUCAGGCUACUGGUGGCGAUGCAGUCUUCUUGGAGAGUUUGUAUGGAGGGCAGAAACGACCAGCACCGAUUGUGAAGCAGUUUUCCAAAAUGGCUCUUUUGGGCUAA